CCAAGGUGCUAGUCCCUGCUGAGGGCUAGGCGUGAAAAUAUUAUUUUUCCCAGUCUAUAUCAACCUCUGUUGGGGGAUUUUGGCCAUCAUCAGGACCAUCUCUCUCAUCGUUGACCCCUGUCUUGGACUUUUGUUUAUCCCAACUGAAAAACAACAACAACAACAACAACAAGAGGAACUUCUUUGGCGUGGACUUUCCUUCUCCCUCCAGAGUCCAGACAGACUGCAGUGUCUGGUCUUUUCAGAAGGGGAGAGGAUUUCUCGCUUUGCUGAAGAGGAGAAGAACGAGAUUUGAAGAACCCGGGGCAGAGAUUUUGAGCAUCGGGAACACCACUGGAAACCUUUUAAUCUGAGGACGAGCAUUUGAUGGUUUGUCAAGAUGACUCUCAGCUGGAAGACAUACAUCUUUGCAGUAAUGCUGCUCCCUGUGGCAACUUCAAUGCAUUCAGACUGCUUCCUGAGGAAGGAACAAGAGGCCUGCACAGCAAGCAUCAAAAAGGCCACUGCCUUAAUCCUGCAAAAUAAUUCUGUUCCAGCAUGUGAAGGAAUGUGGGACAACAUCACCUGUUGGCAGCCUGCUUUUGUCGGCAACGUCAUCUCUGUGAAAUGCCCAGCGCUCUUCAGCCUUGUGAACAUCGACUAUGGCUGGGAUAUGAACAGUAUGGCCUAUGCGCCACCAGAUGAAUUUGAACUAUUGGAAAAUUCAGACCAAGUGUUAGGUGACUCUUCAGAAGCAAAGAUGGUCAGCAGGAACUGCACUGAGGAUGGCUGGUCAGAACCUUACCCACAUUAUUACGAUGCCUGCGGAUUUGACGAGAAUGACACCAUGCCAGAUAAUAAUCAGAAAUACUACUUCCUCUCAGUAAAAGCUCUGUACACAGUCGGUUAUAGUACAUCCCUGGUGUCUCUCACCACCGCAAUGGUGAUCUUGUGCCGUUUCAGGAAACUACACUGUACACGGAACUUUAUUCACAUGAACCUCUUUGUUUCCUUCAUCCUGCGAGCCAUUUCUGUCUUCAUUAAGGAUGGAAUCCUCUACACUGAAGAAGACAGCAACCACUGUCUUAUCUCAACGGUGGAAUGCAAGGCAGUGAUGGUCUUUUUCCACUAUUGUGUGAUGUCCAACUAUUUCUGGCUCUUCAUUGAAGGACUCUACCUUUUCACCUUAUUGGUUGAAACCUUCUUUCCAGAAAGGCGAUACUUCUACUGGUAUACCAUCAUCGGAUGGGGAACUCCCACCAUUUGUGUCACUGUCUGGGCUGUUCUUCGACUUCACUUUGAUAAUGUUGGCUGCUGGGACAUAAAUGGCAACACAGCCUUGUGGUGGGUGAUCAAAGGCCCUGUGGUGGCAUCCAUCAUGAUCAACUUCAUGCUUUUUGUUGGCAUCAUCAUCAUCUUGGUCCAGAAACUUCAGUCCCCUGACAUCGGAGGCAACGAAUCAAGCAUUUACUUCUUCAUGGUGGAAAGAAACGAGAAACAUGGCAUAUCCCAUCGCAGCUGCGUUCAGAAAUGCUACUGUAAAUCCAACAGGGCUAACCAGCAUUCUUGCAAGAUAUCUGAACUAUCCACAAUUACCUUGAGGCUGGCCCGUUCGACCUUGCUUCUCAUUCCACUCUUUGGGAUUCAUUACACAGUGUUUGCCUUUUACCCUGAGAAUGUCAGCAAGAGGGAAAGGCUGGUCUUCGAACUGGGGCUGGGAUCUUUCCAGGGCUUUGUGGUUGCUGUCCUUUACUGCUUCUUGAAUGGGGAGUUUCUCCCUAAAGGUGCAAUCAGAAAUAAAGAGGAAAUGGAGGAGCUGGAAAGUCAACCGGUAUUUUGCUGUGGAUUUCAAGCAUCGCCAUCCCUCUCUGGCAAGCAGCGGAGUGAACGGGGGGACGCAGUUGUCCAUUCUGAGCAAGAGCAGCUCACAGAUUCGCAUGUCGAGCAUAAAUGCGGAGAACCUGGCAACAUGAGUCCAUAAAACCACCUCCCUUCCCGACUCCCUCCCAGCAAGAGAGAGCAAAUCCCUUGGAAACCAACAAAAAGUCAUAUUCUUGGUGGCGUGGGUUGUUGUGUGUGUCUCUCUGUGUCUUUUUUAAAAACAAAAACAAAACAUCUCCCUUUUAUUAAUAAGAGAGUGAGAUCGCUCUGGAGUCAUGGCAUCUCUGAUGAGUGGAAGAGUUGGUGUCGAAAGGUAUUGUAAGUACGCAAUGGAGAUCAUCCAGACAAGACAAGACAUUCAACCCACCCACUGUCCCAGCGAGCUGCAAAUAAUUCCAUCUUUGGCCUUGCGUUUCUGGUGAUCGUUGUGCCAUUGUGAGUUUGGUUGCCAUGCUGAUACUUGUGAAAGAACAUCUCAUGGAAUUUGUUUCUGCUCUCUGUUGCCAUUUCGAGCACACCUCCCUUCAUCUUGGACCAUCGUGGACCUUUCUCCUUGUGCUUUUUCAUGACUCGGAAUGUAACUCAGUCCCCAGGUGGGCUCAUUACCAGCCUUGACAUUGUGAACAUUGAGGUGGAUUCCACCAGAAGCAUUCAGAGCAUCAAAUGCAUCUGUGGAGGGUCAGCUGAACAGAGCAGGUGACACAAAUGGAUGAUCUACACAUGUGGAGUCAUUGGUAUCAUCCUGCCUCCAGGAAUGUAUCAGAAAUGUUGAAUUAAGCUGUGAAUUUUCUAAAAAGGCAGUCCCCGCUAUGAUAGAGCUAUAUUUUUGAGAUGGAUGGGUUAGUUUAUUUUUCCCUUCAUUUUGUAAGAAAAGCAAAACAGACAUGGAAGUGGAGGGGAACCUAUAUAUGGUUGCCCCGACAUUCAAUAUUGAUGAGUUCCAGGAAUGUGUACCUUCUUUUGGACUACAUGUUUCAUUGGCAUUUCUCCAUGGAAAUAGAGGUUGAAACUGGACAUGGUGACCUGCAAAUGACGGGUGUUCUUUGGGGGGUGGCACAAAGUGGGAGUCCAAGGUUCACACCUAAAGGGCUAGGGCACCAAUUCUGUGGAUUAUGUAGCCAAAAAGAAAAGCCCUACACAUAAAACCUGAAAUCCAUCAUGGCGGUCCACAGAAGGUCCAGCUGAGUGAUCUGAUGCCAUGUAAGAGAAAUAUGAAAGACUUUGAAAGUGGGAGAAAUGUGUAUAUAUAUAUAUUUGAAUGUAUGAGCUUUCUUCAGCUGAGCAUUUGAAGCCUAAAUCCAAUGGUUAGACCCAACUAGAGUAGAUCGCUUGAAUCAAGUCAUGAAUGAAUUUGGCACUUGUGUCAUUUCAAUGUAUUCAAUGGAUCUACUCUAGAAAUGCAACCAGCAAUUGGAUUUACGCCAGUGGGAUUUAGCUGGGAAAAGGUCAUUUAACGCGUUUGAUUUUGGGUUGGAGGAAGGAGGAAAUCCUUUUUCGAUCCUGCCUUACAGUCAGAGCCACAACUGAAACAUAGCUACUUCAGCCGAAUUACCACAAUGAUGUCAAUUUUUAGGAGGCCUUGUGUAAUGAAUGCACAAAGUCUCCAAAGGACUCUUCUUAAUUCCACUGUGGAUUGCCGGAGCCUUUCUAGAUGUUUCAAUAUCCUUUCCAAUGUGAGUGUGUAAACCUCUGUGUGUGUGAGGGUGUGUGCACAUUAAAAAGGAAUAUAUAUUCAUUUUUUAAUGUAGAGUAUAUAUCUGUAUAAUAUUUUUGUUAAACACUAAAGAAUGAAUGCAAGCUCUCGAUGGCCAAGACAAUUGCAAUGAAAGGGCUGGUUCUUUCUCCUUAAUUUCAGUGAAUGGAGUUGUUUUUCUAAAAGGUUUGGAGAAGAGAUGUCAUGGUGGAGGGAAGACAUUUCCCUGAAAAACAAUCUGGAACCUGGUUCAUAUAUGUUGAGCUGCCCAAUCUUUUUUUAAGAGCACAGAAAUUCUUACCAUGCAACGAAUAUUGAACAUUUGAUACUAGUCCUUGAUACACAAGGUGUCAUGAUUUAUGUGACAUGACAAAGAAGAUUUUUGCAUAUAGACCUCCAUACAUAUUAUUCAUAUGGUGGUCAUGUAAUGCAAUUACAUCAGUUGUAUGAUUGAGUUGAGGAACCUCUCCAGGCUGGCGUUAUCAUUAAAAGUGAGGCAACAAUCUCAGAAGGCAGAUGUUGGAAACAUCAGCCACCACAUCUAUCUUCCUGUUUCUUCUUAGACUUUGGGCCACUUCUUUCAGACGUUUCACACAGCCAAUCCAGCUUUUGUAUGUGGAAUAGAAAAGGCAGAUCAUUUUGUCUUUCUCUUAUGACAACAACAACAAAACCCUUGGGCUGGCUUCAUGUCUUUCUCAAUCUGAAGAGGAUUGGAUUCCUCAAAAUAUAUAACCCAGGUCCAGAGUGGAGAGUUUGGAUACAUUGGCCUCUUGGCGUCCUAAAUGUUGAUGCAGAGGUUCUGAUGAAGAUGGAUUUCUUGCAUAUGAAUGUUCACUGCAGCUCCUUUUCUAAAUCGUGAAGAAUGUUCACUGAUCUCUUUCCCCUUGUCUAUUUUUCAUAUCCCUACUUGGCUAUAGAAACCGGGGCCCUCCCACACUAGACAACAAUAGCUCCUUUAUGAUUCCUCUUUCACUGCCAUGGCUGCAUCCUUCUGAAUCCCAGGGAUUUGUAAUUUGGGGAAGCACGAGAAGAGCUCUGUGGCCAAGAAUUCUAAGCACCUCUCCCUAAACUAUAAAUCCCAGGAUUCCAUGGCAUUCAAAGUAGAAUCAUGGUGCUAAAAUUGUGUACUGUGUAAGGGUCCCCUUUGGUUUUCCAAGUUCCAGCUCAAUUGUAUUUGGCUUCUCUGGUCAACAAUGUAUGAAGUGGGGGACGUCAAUCUUCACUUCCCUGCCAGGAACAAUAGAGCUUGCAUAUCCUGCUCUUUUGCAACUAUGGCUUGUUCCUGCCAUUGAGGUUGAACAGGAAGUCUCUCUUAUUCCGAAGUCCUUUCUAUGCACUAGAAAUGUCACGGGGCUUUUGGAAAAGGCAGAUGGCUACCACUGGGAUGCCUUUAGCUCAGAGUGGUUGCCAUUUCCCCUGUAUGUUGAAUAUCGGUUGCAAGUUACAGACUCUUGCUUAGCCCUGAUACAUUACCUUUGACCACCAUUCAGAGUUUGGUUGGCUGUCAACUUCCCUAUAACCACUAAGGGGUAAAGCAAACCCAACUAGGGCCCAGGGGACUUGGGCACUAUGUUUGCCAGCCAUUGGAGAAAAAAAGGGACUCAUGUCCUUUUUGGAGAACUGGAUCAGGGCCACUGUGUAUAAAUGCUCUUGGGUUUUUCUUCUUGAGUUUUGUUAUCUCUCAGUUGUAACGUUUGCUAUGUUGAGUUGUUGUUUUCAAAAGUUACUUUGUUUCUAACGGAGAAAAAAUGGAAUGGAAUGGUCACCUCUUAGCCAAAUAAUUCAGGAAAGAUGUCUAAUGGGAAACCAGAUUGCUUUCCUAAGGAAGACUUAACUCAGCUUGAUGUGGAACCAGUUGUUAUGAUACUUUUCCAUGUUGCUCUAGGAAUGUAUAAGAGCGGAAAGAUUCAUGGAAAGGAUCAUCUUAAUUCCAUCCAUCAUUUGGGCUAUGGAUAUGGUAGUUAUUCUUUCUCACUUGGUCUUGUAAUUACAAUAGAACCCUCAUAUCUGCUGGGAAUAUACCCCAAGACCAUCGACCCCCAUUGAUACCUGAUCCUAUAGAUAAGAGUGAACUCUAUAUUUUGAUUAUACUUGGGCUGGAAGCAUAUCAUCCAUCAGCACUAGUGGAAAUACACUAUUUGAAACGUGGGUAAGUGAAACCAUGGAUAUUAAAUCUGUGGAUAAGAGGGUUGUGGUGUAUGGCAUUGUUUCUUCAUUCCAACAUGGUUGGGAAGAGAACAUGGAGAUCUGCUUUUGACAUCACUACAAAUAACAACCCCAAUGACUUGGCUGUUUCAUCUUAAUCUAGGUUUGCCAAGUAGGAUGCAAGAUGAGGCUCUUGACAUUAAAAUCCCAAGAUGGUGAGAAAUAAUAACAUAUCAUAAAACUCUAUCAAGAAGGACCUGCCUGCUCUUAUUUUCGAAUCUCAACUUUCAAUUGCACCUGUCCCUUCCCAACUACUAUUCAAAAGCAUCAAGUGCCCAGGUGAACACACCUAUAUCCAGAAACACUGGUGGGGACAGCCAAGCCAAUUCCAAGAUUUACAAAGGGUUAUAGACACCACCAUGGUCCAGGUUCAAAGGGAGAAAGCAGCUCUGAACAAAGUCGCCCAUUGAUGCUGGAAAGUUUAGUCUAGAAGUACAAGAGCCAGGAAGCCAAGAAUAUCCUGUGUGGUUACAGAGAGGUUUGGGAACUGUUGUUUUGCAGCAACAGAAUGAACUGUGUGAACUGAUUCACAGCCAGCUAUUAAUCAGCCCAGUUGGCCUUGUUAGUUCAGCAUCCCAUGUUUAAACUGGUACAUGACAUUUCCUGACCUUUUGUUCUUGGCACUUUAAUUUUGCUAAAAUAGGUGAAAGGCCUCUUCUUUCUUCUGAUCUGCAGCUGGUUUCUAGGAUGGGCUGGGCUUUGCCAUGCCUCCUCCAGCUCCUACUGGACCCUAUAAUUCUGGCUUUCUUCUCCCCUUUUUUUGUCCAAGGAGUCCUCUCCAGAUAGGACAUAAUCAACAUGACUGUGGCCUCCCUUAUGGAGCACGGAGGCAAGAUCUUGCUCUAUCACCAGUGCCUCCAUAGCCUUGCCUUACUCUACACUUACAAGGCUGUGUUGAGGAGGGGCAGGUGCAACUCAAAGGUAGAGUUUGAGAAGUAAAAGAGGACAGGCAUCUCCAUUCCAUUUGAGAGUUCGGUGUUACCUUGUUUUACUCCAAGCUCAGUUCAAGAUUGCAAUUAUAGGAGCCAAAUCUGAAGUCCAAUCUGUCUCUGAAGAAAGCCUGAGGCUGCAAAAAUCCACUACAAAUACUUACAACCAAAGGGAAGCAUACUUCCCAACCUUGGUUUUUGUUCACCACAAUACAUGGAUAGACUUCUUUCUUUAGGUUUUCAUUGUAAAAAUAGAAUCCCCCUUUUUCCUUAUAGUAAAAUGAGAAGAGCUCCUGUGUAUCUAUUAGGUAGGGGAAGUAUGGCACAUCUCCACAAGCCAUAUUGUGACGCCUGGACCCCACUUUUACGGCUUCUGGCACACCCCAAAUUUAAUAUUUUGUAUCUUUUCAAAUGAUUUUUGUCCCCAACCAUACAAAACAAAUGUAGCACCAACAACCUCCCUAAAUAUCCAAUGCAUAUCUACCCCUCACACAUUUUCUUCUCUGGGAGCAAAAGGGGUGAUAAUUUCACACACUAUCAAGCAUUAGACCUUGCAGAAUAAAGUUAGGAAAACUGGGACCCAAUUCCUACACAGAUGCAUUAGAGCCAAAAUCACUGACAUGGAGCAAGUUUUGGUGAAUCAGAUAGUUAGAAUUCAAUUGGAUGAAAAGAAAAAUGUUAUCCUGACUAUAUCCAGUGGGCUGCUUUCAUCUUUUGAUGGCUUGGUGUUAUGAUUGGAAAGAGUAAUCAUUUGUGAACUAUUGCCCAUCUCAAAAAAAGAACAACUGAAGUCCAAGAAAUCAUGGUUUCCACCCUGUUAGUGAAUUACAAAAGUGUUUAAUUAGAAGAUUGGAAAUUCCCUUUUUUCGAUGUUGCAGAGGUUGGAAAUCUCUACUGAAUACUCAAUGACCAAAAUACACCCUGAAAACCCCACUUUCUUUUCUGCAGCUUGCUGAACCCAGAGAUUUCCUAGAAGGGGGAGAGUUGGAAGAGCAACAAACAGACAUUCAGUUUGUGUGUGUGUGUGUCAGGAGCAACUUAAGAAACUGCAAGUUGUUUCUGGUGUGAGAGAAUUGGCUGUCUGCAAGGAUGUUGCCCAGGGGAUGCCUGGAUGUUUUGAUGUUUUACCAUCCUUGUGGGAGGCUUCUCUCAUGUCUUUGCAUGGGGAGCUGACAGAGGGAGCUCAACCCGCUCUCCCCGGAUUCAAACCGCUGACCUGUCAGUAAGCAGUCUUGCUGGCACAAGGAUUUAACCCGUUGCCCUACCAGAGGCUCCAGUUAUUUUCUGAGAUACAGAGCAACAACACCAUCUAUGAAGGCCACUUGGGAAGUUCUAGAGGUCUCUAUGGAUGAGUGUCAUUGUACAGCUAGCCAUUGCGAAAUAGAAGAAUACUCGUUUGCUGUCAUGUCCUUUGGAAAUUUCCAGGUUCAAGAGGCCACAGCAAAGAAAAAUACAGAUUCAUGAGGACCUUCAAUGGUCCUGGCUUAGAAUAGCCCCCCUCCCCCAAAUCCAUCCCAGUUACCCAUUCCCAGUCCAAUCCAUUAAUUUAUUCUCCAAACUCAAACUCCAGUCUAGUUGUACCAUCAAAAUUGUGUUCCCAAUGGAACCACUGUACUCCUCCAUACAUAUUUUGUAUUGAAGAGGGAAUGGGUAGAUGGGGCAAGAGGUGAUUCUUUUCAUUUGUCAGCCUUCAAGGGAGUAGAAACCAAAAUGCCAAAUUUGCUUCUACAGGUGAUGUAAAUAUCUGUUCUUGGUUUAAACAGUGCUGCGUUUCAUUUCUUUCCUUUUCCCCCCUCCUCCGCUGCUGAGAUAUAUUUUGGAGUUUAUGAGAAUCUAUGUUAUUAAAAAAGAAAAUGUAAUAAUAAUAAUAAAACAUUUGUUGUGACA